CGACGAUUUUUUAUUUAUUUAUUUAUUUAUUGCAAAAUACGGAGUAGUUAUCGAUCAAACCUUCUCCAACAAGGAGUAGUUAUUAUCAUCCAAGACAUCGACCACCGCAAUCUGGCCUGAGUCAGCUUUGGCAUCUUUAUCUGAUCAAAUUCGCCCAAACGGGUUGAAUUCUCCCCCAGAAUCGGUCAUAACAGGGUACGAGCUUCACCGGACGGUUUUCUCGUUAAAAGCCUCGAUCUUUUGUCAUGGAAAUCUCCGAUCAUGAUUUCCGGCGGCAUUACGACUUCGGGUUUUGUCAUUAAUUGGUCUGGAAUCAAUCGAAUUCAUUGCCCGCGUGUUUUAUGUCGGUUUCUAACGGUGAACAUCAAUGUAGAUCGAGUCGAGAUGUCAUACAAAGCGGCGACGGCAGCAGCAACGAGGAGGCGGGCGGCGCUAGUGGCGGGGGAAUCGAUCCCAAUGAGCGAAUAGAGGGGGAUGCUAAUGUUGAUAAUAGGAAGGGUGGGAAAAAGUUCCCUCUUUUCUGGUUCAGAAAGGUGAAGAGGAGUGCGAAGAGGAGUAAGCAUAGGAGCAGCACUUCGUGUGUUCCGGGGUGCUUUGGGCUAGCGGCGCUAGGUGGCAGUGGUGGGGAUUGUUGCUUGUGCUUUAAGCCUCCGCAGACUGCAGAUUCGUCUAGCGAGUCACAGACAAGUGACCCUAACAGCCCGAACUUUAGCCGUGCGAUGCUGAGAGGCUUGAUUGAGAAGAAUGAUUUUUAUUCCAAAGAAUGCAACCCUCAUUAGGGUGUUCCAUUUGUGCCUUCUUGCACUCCUUCAAAUGUUGGCAUGUGAAAUUUGAUAAAUGAGUUUUGAAUUAUUCACUCCCACUUUGAAACUGCAGGCUUCACUCUGCAACAAUAUCUAGAAGUUCUUGAGGCUGUUUCAUCACAUCUCCAUUGCUGAACCUGACACUUUUUUGUCACCAUUUUGGGCGUUUCAUUAGACAAACGUUUAUUGGUUGUUUUGCACAGCAUUCCUUGUAUACCUAUACUGUUCAGAUCUGUCAACAUGCCUUAUGGGAAGUACAUUUAUUUGGAGCUUGUUAUUGGUCCCACUUGUUGGUUAUGUGGUUGUGUGCCCACUUGUUAUCAGUGUGAGUGUUGUACUACUAUUGCAGCAGAUUUUCUUGCCAGCUGCAACUGCCAAGUCUAGGGUUAUGCCUAUAUGAUUGUAUUGCUCAUUUGCCCAAGGACUAUGAAGUGUGAGUUCUAGUGUUGUGAUAGUGCUAUACAGAUUUUAUUAUUGUUCUCGAAAAUUGGAAAAAGCCAAUGUGAAAAUUCGAAAACUCCUAUUUUGGGGAGUUUAUGGCUGGUUAGCUUCUUGGAACACUUAUAAGCUUGAAAGGGUUGGACCAAUUGAGACACUAUCUGAUGGAGAUGGUUGGAAUGUUAGAUUACUAUUUACAUGGACCGAGGCGGUGUGCUACGGAUAAUUCUGCAUUUCUGUGUUCUGGAAAGGAACUGAGGGGCACAGAUCAACUCUGUGAUACAAUUGCAUUCUUUUGGGUGUACUCAUGACCUGGUUAAUCCAUAUUGUGUAGAAUUGGGAUCAUUACUGAUUCCAAUUUCCAGAAUUCCUGUUUAUUGUGAUUGCAUCCUUGUCUUAUUCUUUAUUUGUAAAGAUAGCUACUGUAUUUUGAUGUGUAAAUGUACACAAACAGAUUGCUUUUUGGCAAAUGAAUAAAUAUGUUGCUUUGAGAGUUUGGAGCA